AUGGGUGGAGGCGUCUGGGUUUUCCGGUUGGCUUCCCUUCUUGCGCUUGGUUUUGUGCUCAGCCGCGUCGAGGCUAGCCUGGGAGAUAUUGAUCCGCGGUACAGAACCUGCGUGAGGGAGUGUCAGACUACAGGGAUUACUGGGGAGAAUAUCAUCAGCCACUGCCAGUCCAAAGAGAAUGACACAUCUGUUGGAGGUUCUUGGUACAACCAGGAGCAAAUUUAUGUGCAGUGGAAACAACUGAACUGUAUGACAGAUUGCCGCUACUUCUGCAUGAUGCAGAGAGAAGGGGAACGACAAUCACUUGGCCUGAGCCCUGUGAAAUAUCAUGGCAAAUGGCCUUUCUUACGUGUUUCUGUGUUCCAGGAACCUCUUUCAGCUGCACUAUCUGCUAUCAACCUAUUAAUGCACUUCACUGGCUGGCUUUCAUUUUUCCUUCUAGUGAAUUACAAAUUACCUCUUAGACCCCAGACGAAGAGAACUUACUAUGAAUAUACUGGCUUAUGGCAUAUCUAUGCAAUUUUAUCAAUGAAUGCAUGGUUCUGGAGCUCCAUCUUCCAUACUAGAGAUAUUGACUUGACUGAGAAAUUGGACUACUCUUCAGCUGUUGCGCUGCUUGGAUACUCGUUAAUCCUUUCGUUGCUAAGGACUUUCAAUGUCAAGGAUGAGGCUACCAGGGUGAUGUUUGCAGCCCCUAUUUUGGCAUUCGUUACAACACACAUCUUGUAUCUUAACUUCUACGAGCUUGACUAUGGUAUGCUACUCAAAUGUUUAUCUGCUGAAUCUUUUGUCAGGAUGGAACAUGAAAGUCUGUGUGGUGAUGGCUGUGGUUCAACUUCUGUCAUGGGCAAUUUGGGGUGGCGUAAGCAGACACCCAUCACGUCUCAAGCUUUGGACAGUUGUUUUGGAGGAGCACUAGCUAUGCUUCUCGAACUCUACGACUUUCCUCCAUACAUGGGCUAUGCUGAUGCCCACUCUCUGUGGCAUGCGAGCACCAUUCCACUCACGUAUCUCUGGUGGAGCUUCAUUAAGGAUGACGCUGAAUUCCGCACCUCAACACUCAUCAAGAAGGCAAAGUAA